GGGGCGGGCUGCCUGUAGUCUCAGGCGGCUGCGUGUUGACUUCCUCAUAGUGGUCAGUGUGGCGGGCGACCGCAGUCUCUGUCCGCGGGGGGCUUUCUAGGAAGCGCACGGGGAGUCCGGCUUUCCACGGGGUGUCGGCUGAGCACGCGAAUUUUCAGCACGAUGUCAUAAUGCUCUCAAUUCUUCUAAAGAGGUGAUAAGCGUUAUUGAAAAUGGCUGACAAGAGUGGGAGGCCCGCACCUGGUCCGGUGUACGUUGAGGUAGAAUAUGAUUACGAGUAUGAAUACAAGAACAAAAAAAUUAUCAUCAAGCAGGGCGAGAGGUAUGUUUUGAUGAAAAAGUCAAAUGAAGACUGGUGGCAGGUGAGACAGGAUGAAAACUCAAGACCCUUGUACGUUCCAGCUCAGUAUGUGAAGGAAGUGGGCAGAAAGGCGUUGAUGCCUCCUGCCAAACAGCCCGCCCUGCCCAACAGUCCUCUGAAAGUGUCACAAGGAUUACAGAGAUCGACCGAGAAUAUCAAUAAAUCUCCAGAGCUCACCAGUUUCGGGAAAAGCUCCUCAAUUCGGGAUGCCAACCAGAACUUUGGGCCUGGCAGUAGCCCAGGCCAGACGAGAGGACUGACUCUAGACCUGGUACAUAACAAUGGCAAGUUAUGUACUGAUUUACACUCACCAAAGGCCACCAGCAGGAGCCCCUCUGCCUUGCACUUUCCUGGUCCAGAAAUGAUGGAUAUAGAAAAGGCCAGCUUUUCAAAUGAACACUCGGAUUCUGCUGGGGAAAACUCGGAAAAACUUCUUGCAGAUUCAGAAUCUGGAGAUGAACUGAGUAGCAGCUCGACGGAACAGCUUCAGUUCUCUGUCCCUCCCACCCGAUGGUCUUUGGGAGAUAUCUGCUUAUUUGUCUGCAGAUGCCUGGUCUCCCACAAGGCCCUGACCGUCCUUUUGCUGGCCAUGUACAGCCUAAAAUUUCAGCCGAUUCCUGCUGAAUCAUCUGGAAUUUGA